CAUGGCAGUCUUGGACUUUUCUCUAUUGUUUGUUACGAUUUGGAUUUUAAAUUCUUCAGUUCUUACAGUCCCACAGAAUUCCGCAAAGUUCAACUGUGCGAAAAACUGGCGUAUGCACAACAAAACAUGCUUGAUCUACGUCGACCAUCCAAAAUCAUUCAGAAUUGCAAGGAGAGAUUGUAGAAUGAGAAAUGGCGAUCUUGUUAUGCUGGAAACUCAAAAAAAGAUUAACUUUGUUACUGACGAGUUGCUAGCCAGCGAUGCUUGGGUUGGAUUACGUCGCAGUUCCGAGAGACCCAGAUCCUUUGUUUGGUACAUCGACCCACAACAGCCUCUUCCUGGUUACAUUCGUUCAAAGAAACAAGAUCGGUGUAUUUUCUUAAAACCAAAUGGUCAGUUACAAUCCACUCACGAGUGUUCCGAAAAGCGAACAUACAUUUGCCAAUCUCAGGCUUGUACGUCAUUGAAGGGUUGUUCGGAAUAUAAUGCAAUUGAUCGACGUCGCAGAUCAAAAAUUAACAAAGAAGAUAUUGAUGGUUUGUCUUCUCAAAUUAGAGUCCUACCAAGUGUCAAAGAUGAAGAAAAAGCUACAUCAAAACAAAAUAACUGGGCGUUACGGGCGCAAGGUCCACUGCUGUACCUGAAUCCAGUGACAUGUUCCCUCUUCAUCAUCCUGCUUACCAUAUUCCUGGCGCUGUACGUCAUCUUCAUCAAGUCUCUGAAGAAGUCCGUGGACCAGAUCAAGGAAGACAUGAGCAGACAGCGUGACAGGACACGCUUCAUCGACGGCAGUGUUUAUUGUAGUCUACCAUUUAAUGCAUAGACAUAGUCUAGACAGCUAGCUUUUUUUUAACAUUUGGUUCAAAAUACAUUUUAUAAUGUUCAUUCAACACUUUCGUGGAUAUUGUGGAUCUUUUUCAAAAUACAGUUUGGGCUAGAAUUUAUUGACGUAGACUAGAACAAGAGCUUACUGAAUUUUUGAAUUUCAGACAUAAGCUUUUAGCAGUCUAGAAGUUAACCACAUACGGACGAGACUGUCAAAACUUUGAAUCUAGAUUUAAAAGUUUUAUAUGCACGAGACCUAUAGGUCCCAGGCAUAUAAUAUGAGGAACCAGAGGAAGCGCCAUCCCCACAGCUGCCAAAGAAUACGAACAUUUUGGAAAAUAUCUUAACAAAAAUCUGGCGAAAGUGAUAGUGAAAGCGAUAUCAAUAUCUUAAAGCCUAAAAUGUUUUAACCAUUUUCAUAAUGAAAAUCGGAGGAAAUUGAUAAUGAAAGCUUUCAUCUAUUAAACUCUUCAAGCCCGAAAUGUGCUGUUCGGUUAACAAAUAUUGUUAGUACGACUUUGACGUCGAUGUUACUAUUAGCACAGUCUUCAAUGUUUGCACGAAAAAAAAAACCCCCACAAACAAAAACAAAACGUGAUGUAACAUAUAAUUUAUGUCAAUAAACAUUUUUAAAGACGUGGUCUAUAAUAUUGAUAUUUUCUGGUAACAAAGAAUUAAAACAUGUAACAUUGUAAAUAUUGAAAAUAUGAUAUGAAUUGAUUUGUAACAAUAUUUUGUGAAUAAAUACAGCAUGGCAAGAUGUUUGAAAUAAG